CACUACGUGCGUGCGCGACCUUAAUAUUGAGAACCUGUAUAAUACUUUGUGUAUAAAUCGUUUAGUAUUUUAAAAAUUUAUUCAUAUUUGUUCUGUGUAACGUCUAUAUUGCAUACUAAAUGUAAUUCGAUACGUGAGAUUUGCUUACAUCUUAACAGGAAAAGUCGUUUAAAUUCAUUCUAUAGUAAAGACAUGAGUAUAAAAUUGAAUAGAUAUUAAGAAAAGUGAAGGAAAAUGAUACAUUUAAUUUGUGAUAUCGUUAGAGUUUGAAGUAUUAUUUAUUUCCCUUAUAAUGGAAGAUGGAAGAAAGUUGCAGUAUGUGGUCACAUGUGCCGUAUCUAUACUAACGUCUACUAUGGGUUUCAUUAAUACAUGGGCAACACCAAUGAUAAGGAAGUUUUGGCUGGAUGAAGCAGAUUUUCAAUUUAAUGAUGAGGAAACAAAAUUGUUCUUCAAUAUAACACCAAUAGGAUUGUUAGUUGGAACUGUGUUUGCAGGAUACAUUUGCGACAAAUUUGGCCGACGAACUACAUUAUUAACUGCUACAGUGAUCGCUGCUUUUGGAUUGAUUUUUACUGCAUUAUCAUCGGCUGCAUGGAUGCUGUAUGUAAUGCAGGGUCUUUGGACAUUCUCUUUGGGUUGGAAAUAUAUAUAUAUGGCAGAAAUUGUAGACCCCGAUAUCCGUGGAGGUCUGACUUUGGCGACAAGAUCUAUGUUCCAUUUCGGAAGUCUUUUAAUGGUAUUGAUAGGAGAAACGGUAUCUUAUAGAGCAAUGAACAAUUGGAUUAUAAUUGCACCUUUGCUGUCCUUCGCAGCUAUUUACCCAAUACCAGAGUCACCUUAUUAUCUAUUGAAAGUGGGAUUGGAGGAACAGGCUAGAAAAGAAAUGUCUAGGUUGCAGGAAAACGUGGGGACUGAGGACAUUGAUACUCAAUUUGAAAAAAUGAAGAUGCUUGUCACAAUGGAGAUGCAAAAUUCUAGUUCGUUCUUCAAAUUCAUUAGCAAUAAAAGGUAUCGAAAAGCUCUGAUUAUAACAUUCGGUUUAAAGUUGUUCUAUAUUUUGUCGGGAACAACAGUGGUGCAAGGAUUAUACAUCACAAUACUUAUAGAGGGGGAUAUCAAAUUGAAUCCCAGAAAAAUGGUUGAUAUAGAUGUGGCGAUAAAAGUUGGUAUUGGUAUACUCUCCGCCUUACUAGUGGACCGAGUGGGUCGUCGCAUUCUUCUCUUGUGGUCAUUCAUCGGAUGUAGCCUGUCAAUUGCCGUUAUUGCACUAUACUUUGGAGUCCGAGAUUAUUAUACUCAGGCGAUCCAAGCCAUUGGUUAUGUAACUUUUGCUGCUGUUAUUAUAUUUCUCAUAUCAAAUUCACUUGGUUUAGCCUCUAUCAAAGAAAUCAUAGAAGUAGAGUUAUUCCCUCUUAAUGUAAGGGUAAUGGCUGUAGUCACUCUUUAUGUGUUCGGAGGACUUGGCUAUCCAUUACACAUAGGGGUUAGAGAAUUCGAGAAUUCAGCUGGGCGCGUGAGUGUGUUUUGGACGCUUGCUGUAAUUUCAGUCCUUGGAUUUGUUUUUACGUACUUCGUCCUACCUGAAACGAAACGUAAGAGUUUGAAAGAAAUUCAAGAGAUGCUUCGAGGUGAUGAUAAUGUAAGCGAACAAGAAAUGACAACAAUACAAGAGAGAACAGAGAGGUUUAGAGAUAGAGUAAUAUCUGGUUAGAGUAAUAUCUUGUAGAAUAAUUGUUGAAUUAAAUAAAUUUGUUAUAACGUCUUUA